CGCGCUCCCGCCUGUGCCUGUGCCCGUGUGCGCUCGGAGCAGCUGUCUGUCGGAUAGGAGCUGUGGGUCCACACACACACAUAUACAAACACACACACACACACACGGGCGCAGUGUGAUUAUUUCUUUCUUCUCAUGACAAACACAAAAAAAGAAAUCUCCGUCGGAUUUCCACUUUGCAGCACCGCGGGGACUUUCUCUCGGACGUUUUUUGCGCUCAUGUGUGUUUCCACAGACGAGCAUGCUUUUAUAUCAUUGUCUUUGUUUGAUAUGAGACGGGAUUAAAGAUCUCCGGCAGCGGACCAAACGGCCCCGUUUCUAGUAAAAAAAAAAAAAGAGAGGGCUAAUUUAGGCUGGAGCCUAACUUUUUUCUCGGGGCAGGGAUGUCUUCGGCUCGGGUGGAUUACAUUGCGCCCUGGUGGACUUACUGGCUUCACAAUUUUCCUCAUAUCAACCUGAGGUUUCAGCCCAUUGACAACAGCUUCCAGCCUGAAGAGGAGAAUUACCAGCAGUCUCUCAUAUUCCUUGGCUGCGUGGCGGCUGCAGGCCUCGGCCUUAACCUGUUGUGUCUGGCCAUCUACCUGAGCUGUUUGUGCUGCUGCCGCAAAGAUGAAGAGGAGGAGAGCAAGAAACCCAACUCCUGCUGCGUCACCUGGUCCGCCGUCACUGCCGGCCUCAUCACAUGCGUCGCAGUGGGUGUGGGUUUCUAUGGCAACAGCGAGACCAACGACGGCGUGUACCAGUUGACCUACUCCCUGUACAACGCCAAUCACACGCUGGGCGGUGUGGACAGUCUGGUGACUGGCACCAUGGGCAGCAUGAGAAGCGGCCUGCACCAGCACCUCGCAAGGUUGGACGAGAUCUUUGCCACGCGGGGCGACUACGUGCAGACCCUGCAGUUCAUGCAGCAGAUGGCCGACAACGUGAUCAAACAGCUGAUUGGUUUGCCCGACUGGGCGGAGGCUAAAAUGGACCUGGCAUCCAUCGCUGAUCAAACGGCAAACGUCGAGUACUACAGGUGGCUCACCUACCUGCUGCUCCUCAUCGUGGACCUGAUCAUCUGCCUGCUGGCAUGUCUGGGGCUGGCCAAGCAGUCUCGCUGGCUGCUCACCACGAUGAUGGUGUUUGGAGUGCUGACGCUGGUCUUGAGCUGGACUUCCCUGGGAGCUGACCUUGCCACCGCUGUGGGCACGAGUGACUUCUGCGUGUCCCCCGACAAGUACCUCCUGAGCCAGACAAAGGGUAUAAUUGGUACUGAUAUUGUUCAUUACUACCUUUACUGUAACCAGACUCUCUCCAACCCUUUCCAGCAGCCUCUAACCAUCUUCCAGAGGUCCCUGACCACCAUGCAGAUCCAGAUCCAGGGUCUGCUGCAGUUCGCUGUGCCUCUGUUCCCUACAGCUGAGAGAGACCUACUGGGGAUCCAGCAUGUGCUGAACUCAUCAGAGGCCAGUCUGCACCAGCUGACCGCCCUGUUGGACUGCAGGGGGCUCAACAAGGACUACCUGGAUGCGAUGGUGGGGGUGUGCUACGACGGGGUGGAGGGCGUGCUCUACCUCUGCCUCUUCUCCACCUUGGCAGCCUGUGCCUUCACUGUCAUGCUGUGCGCCAUUCCCAGGGCAUGGAGACAAAUUGCCUGCAGGGAGCGAGAUUACGACGACAUCGACGAGGAGGACCCGUUCAACCCGCGGGCGAGGAGGAUAGGCUCCCAGAACCCCAACCUCACCAACAUGCACAGCUUCUGCAGCUACAGCAGCAGCAUGGGCAGCCAGAGCAGCCUACACCCGCCCGCCCCGGCUGUCUCCAACGCCCCCAUGUCAGAGUACAUGAACCAGACAGCUCUGUUCGGGGGAAAUCCACGGUACGAGAACGUGCCUCUGAUCGGACGAGGCUCUCCACCCCCUUCGAUAUACUCUCAGCAGUAUAGAAACCGAUACUCCCCCAGCAUGAGGGCCACCUAUCUGUCCAUGACCGAGGAACAGAGAAGACAGUUUGGGAACGACUUCCAAGCAUAGACUUCUUUAUCUGUCCAGAGGAGGGAACCAACAUCACACACACACACACACAAAGAAUGUGUGUAGUCACAGCAUCACAGAGGACAGUGUGUAACACCUCGUUAGUCCAGGACUGCAGUCUCAGUACUGUUCUCUGCGUGUGUCGUACUCUCAUAAAUGAUUAAUCACACUUUUCUGUCAUUUGUGGGGAGGGAGGGGGGAAACUUGCUAAAUAUUUCUGACGCGUGUUGUCGAACUUAACCUGCUCUUAAUACAUUGUGUUGAAGAAAGGUGUGUUGGAACAGAUGAUUAAAGCAAUUUUGCAGAUUCAUUUCUCCCUAGCAAUGUGUUCACAAUAAAAUAAUUGUCUCUCCUGCUCAACGAGAUUUAUUUCCCUCCCCAAAAUUCAAAGAGGAAAGAUGUGAACAUGACAGCUGAUGUAAACAUGCUAUAUUAUCGUGCUUCAUGCUUGAUAUUUGUGAAGCACAAACCCAGCACUGGCAGCACACAGACUGGAGGUAUCCGUUAUUUAUAUUCACACAGAGACAUGCGUACAGCUGAAGCUUUAUGUUUCUAAAUCUCCUACCUUGAGACACACGGCUUCUGUGUAUAUAUACGUUGUACAAUAACAGACUGUUCUCUCAUUCUGAGUGUGGUUUAUUUUUGUUUAAAGACAAUGUGCCAUUUUUUUUUAUAUAUAUAUAUAUAU